ACAAGUGUAUAUGUGAGGGAGGAUAAAGAUGUGUGAGUGGUGAUGCGAUGGAAAGCUGGUUGGGUGGACGAGGUGGUCGACGAGUUCGCUGGAAUCUGUCGCCAACUGUGGUGCCGAGUGCACGUGUUCGUUUUCUCUAGAUAUAUAUGUGGUUUGUCAUAUUCAAGGAACUCCGGCGGCCUCAUACUGUUUAAAUAAAACUCUGUGACAUUUAAUAUCCCCGCGAGUUUAAACAUACAUUACAUUGAAAAUUGUAUUAUAACGUUAAAGAAAAUAUACAUUACCUCGGGAUACACAUUUUCUGCCGUGUUGUGAGAGACAUCUGCGUAGAAAAGAAAUCUUUUUGUGUACCACCAUAUCUUUUGAUACGCCAAAAGGUUUCAAGUACCGGAACGGUACGAGUCCAAAGUGUUUGUAGAAACACGCACAACAGGAAACGGUAGAUCCGACUUUAGCCGAUGUCUAAGGCUAUUUAAAGGUCAAAACAUUAGGAAGAAAAGGAUAGAAGUGAUAUAGAAAUGUCAUAUGAAACAAAAUAUAUAUUUGCUGCAUUGCCCAAGACACAAAGAGGGCAACCUCUUGUACUAGGUGGAGAUCCAAAAGGAAAAAAUUUCUUAUAUACCAAUGGUAAUAGUGUCAUCAUCAGAAAUAUUGAUAAUCCAGCAAUUGCUGAUAUUUAUACAGAACAUUCUUGCCCUGUAAACCUUGCUAAAUAUUCUCCAAGUGGUUUUUAUAUAGCAUCAGGUGAUCAAUCUGGAAAAGUACGUAUUUGGGAUACUGUGAAUAAAGAACAUAUUUUAAAAAAUGAAUUUCAUCCAAUUGGUGGACCAAUCAAAGACAUUGCUUGGUCGCCUGACAGUCAACGCAUGGUUGUAGUCGGUGAAGGAAGAGAGAGAUUUGGACAUGUAUUUAUGGCAGAAACUGGUACAUCUGUGGGUGAAAUAUCUGGUCAAAGUAAGUCUAUCAACUCUUGUGACUUCAGACCGACAAGACCAUUUAGAUUGAUUACUGGUAGUGAAGAUAAUACUAUUGCUGUUUUUGAGGGCCCACCAUUUAAGUUCAAAAUGACGAAACAAGAACACACCCGUUUCGUGCAAGCUGUACGUUAUUCGCCAAGUGGAAAUUUAUUUGCAUCUGCAGGUUUCGAUGGGAAAGUAUUUAUAUACGAUGGAACAACGUCUGAUCUUGUCGGUGAAGUUGGCUCUCCUUCACAUCAAGGUGGUGUUUACGGGGUCAGCUGGAAACCAGAUGGCACUCAAUUAUUAACAGCAUCAGGAGAUAAAACGUGUAGAUUAUGGGAUGUAGAAACUCGAUCCUUAAUUAGUGAAUUUAAUAUGGGAACUACGGUUGAUGAUCAACAAGUUAGUUGUUUGUGGCAAGGUGUACACUUAUUAUCUGUUUCUCUCAGUGGAUUUAUCAAUUACUUGGAUGUUAAUAAUCCUUCAAAACCUAUAAGAAUAAUAAAGGGUCAUAACAAGCCAAUUACUGUUCUAACAUUGAGCCCUGAUAGAUCAACCAUUUACACAGGAUCUCACGAUGGUUACAUAACUAGUUGGAAUGCAGAAACAGGCGAAAAUGAUCGUGUACGAGGAAACGGUCAUGGAAAUCAAAUUAAUGGAAUGAAAGCUGCCAAGAAUAUUUUAUACACUGCUGGCAUUGAUGAUACUUUAAGGUCUGUAGACAUAGAAACGUGUGCGUAUUCAGAUAACUCUAUCAAAUUGGAUUCUCAACCACGAGGCUUAGAUGUUUUCGAGGAUAAGGUUAUUGUCGCUUCUGUACGGCAGGUAAUAGUUACACAAGAUGGUCGAAAAGUAUCAAGUACACCGACCGAAUAUGAACCGUCAUGUGUGUCAAUUAAUCAAGAUAACGCGGACGUAGCUAUAGGAUCGGCAUCAGACAAUAAAGUUUAUAUUUAUGGAUUAGUAGGAACAACUUUAACACAAAAGACUGAAGUAGUACAUUUAGGUCCAGUUACUGAUGUUGCAUACAGUCCUGACAAUAAAUAUUUAGUAGCCUGUGACGCAAAUCGAAAAGUUGUCCUUUAUGCUGUUCCAGAGUAUAAGCCUGCUCACAAUAGAGAAUGGGGUUUCCAUAAUGCCAGAGUAAAUUGUGUUGCAUGGUCACGUGAUUCGGAAAUGGUUGCUAGUGGAAGUUUAGACACUACGAUUAUUAUUUGGAGCGUAUCCAAUCCAGCCAAGCAUACGAUUAUAAAAAAUGCUCAUCCGCAAAGUCAAAUUACACGUUUAGUUUGGUUGGAUGAAGAAACUUUGAUAUCAGUUGGUCAGGACUGUAAUACUAAAAUGUGGCGUAUAGAAAAAAUUUAAUUAUCUUUUUAAAGUAUUAUACAAGUUUUUUGAAAAAGCUGAGCUUUGGAUGUAUUUUAUUUAUUUAAUUAGUAGCUUGAACAUAAUGUAUAUUAUUUUUAAAUACGAUUCUUGAUAUACAACACGGGAGAUGAGUAAUUAUGUGA